CCCACCCAUCCACGAACUAAAACGAAAUUCUCAGACUCACAUCAAACAGAUUCAUACAAUCCAAACCCCCUACUCUCAUCUCUCUCUCUAUACAUAUAUAUAUAUAUACAAGUCAGAAUUGCUUUUUCUCUCUAAGCCCUUGUGCAUGUGCACUACUGCCGCUGCUUCUACUACUUGUUCCUAACACCUCAAGGUCCUGUUUGGUCUGCUCGAAUGGACACAAAAAUGAGAGAAGGGCAGAAAGGCUGUGGUGGUGAGGAGGCUACUGUUGUGCCUUAUUCUUCAAAUCAUUCAAGAAGGGGAAGCUUUGGCAAACCUUCUUGGCUUCUUUGCUCUGUUGCUGAUUUGGAUGAGAGGAUGAAGAUGUUGGGAGUGAAUCUCCCUGCAGAAGGCAAAGCAGAUGACAGUUUUGCCAAACGUGCGGACGGCUACUACCAGCAACGCCCUCAGCUGCUGGCUUUGCUUCAAGAUUUGUACAAUGGCUACCUCUCCCUCGCCGACCGCUACUGCCAGGCGCUCGCCAAGACCCACCAUUACCGCCGCUACUCCUCCCCCAUCCCGUCCCUCCACUUCACCGACAACGAAGACGUUGAUCAGGAAGACAACAAUGGGGAUGGCGGUGUUGAUUCGUCAGAUGCCGAGAGCUCUCUCUCAUUCCAAGCUCAGUUUCCUCCCCAAUUGGGAAACCAAGCCAAAAUAGACCCUGAUAUGAUCAUUGCAGACUUGGUGGUUAGGACCGUGGAGUGCGAGAUCAUGCUGCACGAGCUCGCCCAGGUGGAGAGGCGCAGCUCGGAGUCGUCGAGGAAGAUGGAGCUGCAGAAGAGCCUGGUGGAGGUGUUGGAGUCGGAGAGGCUGAUUUUGCUGAACGAAAAUGCGAGGCUCGGGUACCAGGUCUCUGCGCUCGCGGAGGAGAACAAAGGGCUGGCGUCGGAGUCCCUGUUCAUGAAGAGGAAGGCGGCUGAUCUCGCGAGGUGCCUGUUGAAGAUGAGGGAGGACCAUAGGGUGUUCAUGCUGAGCCGCAAAAUCGAGGACCUCCAAGGGCAGAUCCACGGGCUCGAGAAGAGGAACAGGGAGUACUACGAGCAGCUCGUGAAGCAUGAAGAGGAGAAGAGGAUCAAGAUGAAGGUGAAAAGUUUGGGGAGCUUCAAGGGGUGUUUCCAAGUACAUGGAGAUGUCACUUCUUGGGUCAACAAUGGCAAUAGUAGUACUAGUACUAGUAUUCCUAGUGUGAAGAAGAUUGGUCAGCAAGGCAAUGGGGGUGGUUCUAAGCUGUGGGGUAGGGUCAAGAAAUUUGACAUCUUUCUUUGUGGACCUUAUUUCAACCCCACCAACUGCUAAACCAACUCGGCUGGCUCCAUACCAUAAACCUCGGCUCGCUUUGCUCUAUACGCUUCCCUCGUGACAUCUCACCAAUUUAAGACAUUCACAAUGCAUGAGGUGUAUCAACGAGUCGGAGACCAUGGUACCAAUUGGCAACUAUCUAAGCAAAGGGCAUGGAGUUUCAACUAGUUUGCUAGGCAAGAAUGAUAUAUAGCCUUAUUGUACACUAAUAGCCUACAACUGCUUAGUAGCAGACAAUAUGAUGCUUUGCAGACAAUUAUGUAUAUCAAACUCCUAGUUCAUUUGCUCUAAGUGCAUAUAUUUGCAGCAUC